CGCCUUGAGUGCUCCUACCGCACAUCCGGUUGAUCCUGUGCAGAAAUCGGAGUUGAAAACCCCGGCAUCAACGGUCAAACUAGCUCCAUUAAUUUCACCCAUCGCUCACAUCCCAUACGCAGCGGUUCCAAUUCUUCCUCAAGUAUCGCCAGGACGAUCGCCGUACGCUUAUUCGUACUCCGCGCCGAUAGCUCCGGUCGCCUACGUUCCUCAAAGUUACUCGAUCGAACAGCACGGCUACAACAUUGCCUACUGAUUUCGAGGGAGCGUGGAAACUGCAAUCAUUUACAAUACACCCAUUACCUACUGUUGCAACAAUACCAUUUAAACAUGUACCCUUAGUUGAUAAACGCAACGCCAUCUAAUGCGCGAACGCGGUACGGUUAAUAAAAAAACUUGUGCCAUCACAUAAAAAAUCUGAGACUCAAUGGAUAUUCACUCACCCUAGAUAAGACGACAGACUUGGAUGCAGACGACAGAUGCACAUGCAGGGGGUAGACAACCCUGAAAAUUCCCAGUUGGCAUUGCCAGAUUGCAGUAAAAGAUUAUUUGAGAGGGGAUUGUUUUGAAGCAGAGAGCGGUGGACGUCGGUAGUGUAUUGUGUGGUACGCGAAGUUUAUUUUGUUGAGCUGUUUAAAAAUUAUUUGACUGGAGUAUAUUACCGGAAAUACAGCUCCAUACCAUUUUGAAUGAUAGCAACUGCAGUUCGCCUUCAGAAAAUCUCUCAGGACUUGAGAAUUUUGAUCCAGGGUAUCCGAAAUCAGAAUGACGGAGGAAACACAGCCCGAAGUUUCUCCACCUACAGAUUCUCAGUCAAGUACACCAGAUACUGUCAAUAAGGCUAAAGAUAAUAAAAAAGACAAAUGUCGCCCAAUGACCAAAGUUGUAAUUCGUCGCUUACCACCCUCAAUGACCCAGGAGCAAUUCGUCGAGCAGAUCUCCCCACUUCCCGACCACGACUACAUGUACUUUGUGAAGGCAGACAUGUCGCUGGGACAAUUUGCAUUCUCUCGUGCCUAUAUAAAUUUUGUUGACCAGCAAGACAUAUUCAUAUUCAGAGAAAAGUUUGAUAAUUACGUAUUUGUCGAUGCUAAGGGUACCGAGUAUCCAGCAGUUGUGGAGUUUGCUCCUUUCCAGAGACUCCCUAAGAAAAGAGUCGGUAAAAAAAAGGAUCAGAAAUGUGGCACCCUGAAGACCGACCCUUACUAUCUUAGCUUUCUAGAGAGUCUCAAGAACCAAGAGGCAGAAUCAGGAUUAAGUCAGCCUAAAACCGAAUAUUCCUAUCAACCCUCCGACGGUUCAUCCAAGAAAGUUACAACAACUCCGCUUUUAGAAUUCUUAAAACAGCGUAAACAAGAAAAGCAAAGGCUACGGGAUGAAAAACGAGAAGAAAGGCGUCGUCGCGAUUUGGAAAGGCGGCGAGCCAAAGACGAACUAACCAUAUCCAAGGUAUUGAAAAACCCAGAUCUUGGCAAGGAUACUAACAAGGAAUCAAAGGAGGCAAAAGAUGAUAAGGAUAAAGUUUUACCUAAGGAGGGUAAAAGUCGUAAUAGGAAAGAGGAGAAAUUGCGUGACAAGACGGCGCGAGAUAGGGAUUCCAAGGUUCCAGGAAAAAAUUUCAAGGAUAAAGAAGCAAAGCAUCAACGAAGAAAUGAAGAGAAGAAAGGAUAUGUCCGUAAAGAGGAAAGAGAAAUUUCAAAGGAAGAUAAAAAAACUGACGGCAAAGAAGAGCGGAAAAAUGAAACCAGAGAAGAUGAUAGAGAAAUAAAGGAUAAGAAAGUGGAAGAAAAACGAGGUAAAAGCUAUGAGAAAAUGAGACAGGAAAAAAAGAGAUUGGCUGAAGCAAAACGACAAAGUGUCGAAUUUGGAUCAGAGCCUGUCAAUACCGGUAAAGUAAAAAAAGAGGAGCGCGAAUCAUUUUCAAAAAGAGACAGAAGAUCCGAGGGCAACGUAGCUGGAUCGAGGGCGGAAAGAAUUCAAAUUCUGAAAGAUGAUGUAAAGAAAAAAGAUGAGAAGACGAAAAUUAAACCUGAACCAGAACCCGAAUCUAUAGACUUCAACGAAGAGUUAAGCGAAACCUGCGAUAACAAUAUCCAAAGUGAACUCCACGAUAAUGACGUGGGGGGUUCAGUUUCCCCAGACGAUAAUCUCGUGGAAUCGGGUAAAUCAAAAUCAAGCGAUCACAUUGACUCUGAGAGUAAUUAUGCGACAGACUUAAGCAUGAAAGGUGAAACAAAGCUCAUGAAAAGACGUAAUUCUUUGGAAAGUGGUGGCGAAGGGGGUGGUGGUGAUGGCGCAACCCUUAGACGACACAAAUCAUUGGACGGAGGUGAACGAUGUGGUUUUAAGAAGGAUAGAAAUCACGAUAAGGAAAAGUCAAAGAAAGAUCCAAGGCAGGAACGUAGGAUCAGAAACAAGGAUCGUCCAGCAAUGGAGAUCUACAGACCCGGUAUGGGGAGGUUUAGCAAACAGCGGUUGGAGCGCGAAAAGUCUAAUAAUGACGAACGUGCUUCCCUCUCGCAGAGCCCAACUCCUAGUCCGGUACCUUCGGUUGUUGGAAAGCCAAGCAAACCAGCGGCUUCUGAACUUCGUUCAAUGACUUUUAAGCGUAGCUUAAGCCGCGAUCUUCCUUAGAUCUUCAGAUUGUCCAAUACAUUUGUCAUAGUCACUACAUUGUUUUAUCUCCAGCCGUUUUUAUAUUCCACAAACGCAAUCUAGUAUUUAAGCCAUCGUCUCGUGGUGUUAAUGAAAUCACUGAAAUAGGUGAAUGAUGAUGAUAAGAAUACAUGUAUAUGCAGAAAAUGAAAAGCUCAAAGAUUCAUGUACAGAUACUUCACACACAAUAAAAAUAUGAGUCGUAAUAUGCA